AUGGCUUCGUCUCACGGGAGGAGCGACAUGCGGUUUGCGGACUGGAUGUCAAGUUUGCCGCAGAGCAUGCACAAUAUCCCGCUCACCAACCUGGCUAUCCCCGGCUCCCAUGACUCAUUCAGUUUCUACAUUGAUGAGGCGUCUCCAGUGGGCCCUGAACAACCAGAGACGGUGCAAAACUUUGUCUCCGUGUUUGGCACGGUGGCCAAGAAGCUAAUGAGGAAGUGGCUCGCCACACAGACCAUGAACUUCACAAGCCAGCUGGAAGCUGGCAUCCGCUUUUUUGACCUACGCAUCUCCACCAAGCCCAGAGACCCUGACAAUGAGCUGUUCUUUGCCCAUGGGCUCUUCAGUGCCACGGUUAGAGAGGGUCUGGAGCAAAUCAGUAGCUUUCUGUCCGGUCAUGCCAGAGAGGUGGUGUUCCUGGACUUCAACCACUUCUACGGAGUUCAGAACCUGCACCAUGAGAAACUGGUGACCAUGUUGAAGGAUGUGUUUGGAGAGAAGCUCUGCCCGGUCGUCUUUGCCCAGGAGGUGACCCUGCAGUACCUGUGGGAAAAGGAGUAUCAAGUGUUGGUCUUUUACCACCACCCCAUGGCACUGGAGGUGCCAUUCCUGUGGCCAGGACAGAUGAUGCCCGCUCCAUGGGCCAACACUACUGACCCAGAAAAACUAGUCCAGUUUCUCCAGGCGUCUGUCACCGACCGCAGGAGGAAGGGGACGUUCUUUGUCUCCCAGGUGGUUCUGACGCCCAAGGCCAGCACUGUGAUGAAGGGAGUGGCUAGUGGACUGAGAGAGACCAUCACAGAGAGGGCCUUGCCUGGUAUGAUGCAGUGGAUCAGGGCCCAGAGACCCGGGGAGAGUGGCAUCAACAUCAUCACAGCCGACUUUGUGGAGCUGGGAGAGUUCAUCAGCGCCGUCAUCACCCUCAACUACCACCUGGACGAAGAAGAGGACGACGCCACUUGA